GUGAUUUGGAUAAGAUUAAAAAAAAAUCCACUCCUAGACUAGACACGAAGGAAAAAAACAGGUCACAAACUGCAAGCAAUCGAUUGCUUCAGUGAUCUGGAGUGACAGGAAGACUCCUCUUGACUCAGUAGAUCUUCUGUAUCAUCAGGCUUAAUAUUGGGAUGGGUCUUGGAAGGAACACCUCAGCCUCCUUGCUUCUGGACACCAACAAAUCCUACCCUGCCAGAGGAAGUUGAAUACCGCUGUUAUCUUAUCUGGAGACAGAUUUGGGUCAAAUAAGAUCAGAUUCAGUAUCGGGUCACAUCCGAUCCAAGAGGAAACCCGAUCAGCCUCCAUGUGGAUGUUAUAACUGGUCUGAAAGUGGGUUCAAUUGUGUGGUGUGAUUUUAACAUUUGAGGGAGGGUGAUAAUACCUUUUAACUUUGGACCUUUUAUUGAAGAAACUUCUAUCUGUUCUACAGAUCUGCCAUGGGAUUGGAAAUCUCUUAGUUCCGUGCUGGAGAUCUAGAGAUUUUGUUUUAUUGUGUUUGAUCUUUUCCCAAAAUCUGACAUGCAUGAGAUGGAAAAACAAGGAUUAUUUAGCGCUCUCUGUUACCUGAUGUUGAAUUCUCCUCUGUUGUUUACCGUAAAUGCCACUUUCACUGAAGUCCCCAAGGAUGUGACAAUAAGGGAGGGAGAUGACAUAGAAAUGCCUUGUGCUUUUCGGGCCAGCGGAUUCACCUCUUUCUCAUUGGAGAUCCAGUGGUGGUACCUAAAAGAGGCAACUAGGGAGAUGGCACAUGAAUUAGCUAUCAGUGCCCCUGGGGGCAGGAGCAAGGUCACAUCGAAUAAGGAUGGAACCAAAAUCAGUACUGUUCGAGUCCAAGGUAAUGACAUUUCCCACCGGCUGAGGCUCUCCAACGUCAGAAAGCAGGAUGAGGGCAUAUAUGAGUGCCGGGUGUCAGAUUAUGGAGACGACGAGACUCAGGAACACAAAGCCCAAGCCAUGCUCCGGGUCACUUCUCGCUUCAAUCCACCUGACAUGCAGGCGGCGGAGGCUGUGUCCCAUAUCCAGAGCAGCGGGCCCCGUAGGAACAGCCCCAGCAACAGGGCCACCCCAGAACCUGGGAACAAGCGCCCCGUCCCCGCAGGAGACAGCCUGGCUCCAUCACCAGCCACUGCAGCAUCCUCCUCCGCUUCCCCCGCUCCUGGAAAAGCAGCCAUUCUGCGGCAGCAGCAUGGAUCGGGCACCGGACCCAGUCUCGCCAGCGAUCCCGUGCUAUACAUGUUCCUGUUGAUAUUUCAUCAGCUCGUAUAUUUACUACUGAAACACUGAUGGACCAUUUUCUCAAUCAUUCCUGAAUUCAACCAAACAAUCGUAGGAUCCUAUCCGACACCCCAGCUGCAAAAUGUAAAGAAGGACAGGAAAAGACUGAACGUAGCAUGGCAAAACACUACAAAGGAGGGAAAAAAAUACAAAAAAGAAUAUUUUUUGGAGAACUUACACAACAAUUAAAUCACCCCAAAUAAUGCAUCUAGUUUCCAAAAAGUGUCUGGUUGGAGCCUUGCCAAUGCGCGCAAUGCGUCUGUAAUUCCCAAUAAGUAUAGGUACCGUAUCAGGCAUUUCUUUCCAAAAGCCCCCUAUUAUUCUUUUUGCACGAACUGUUGAACAGUUAUUUUUAUGAGAAAAUGUAAAUUUAUUAAGUUUAAAGACCUUCCCUGGACGGGGAAUAUUUUUAAGUAGGAUGUGUCUGUGUUUUUUGGAUUUAUUUUGUUUUUCCUUUGCACCUUUUUUUUUUUUUUUUUUGCCCUCCCGUUAUUUUUCUAUUAAAUUAUUUCUUUUAAAUGCCAUUUUCUUUUCCUUGAGUCGAAGGCACAUGUUACCAUGGUUAUUACUCACCGUCAAUAAUAUUUAUUUUUAAAUAAAGAUUGGAAACAAGGUAAGACAAUUUGUUUAUAAAACUGUAUUGUAUAAUGCUAAUUAAACAGUUGAAAUAAAAGAGUUUUGAAAUAA